UGUAGCUAGCAUACCGCAGUCAGUAGCCAGCCAGUGUGUACAGCAGCGCAGGAAGACCACUUUAUCAUACGGAGGACUUCAGAAAGGCUCCGGGUAAUAACGUUGUUACAGCGGUGACUUUUCCUUGUGGCCGUGAAGAACGUGUAAAAAGGCAGCCGGUUUUCACAAUGGCGACAGCUGCGGUUUCUGCCAGUGACCCCAAUCCCGGAACCGGAGCUGAGUUGGUCCGAGGACAGGCCUUCGAUGUCGGGCCCCGGUACCACAAUCUGUCGUAUAUCGGUGAGGGCGCCUACGGAACGGUGUGCUCUGCGUAUUGCCGUGACAACAAGGUCCGCGUGGCGAUUAAGAAGAUCAGUCCGUUUGAACACCAGACAUACUGCCAGAGGACUCUGAGAGAGAUUAAGAUCCUGCUGCGCUUCAAACAUGAAAACAUCAUCAGCAUCAACGACAUCAUCCUCACGCCCUCCAUCCAUCAGAUGAAGGAUGUCUACAUAGUGCAAGACCUGAUGGAGACAGACCUGUAUAAGCUGCUGAAGACCCAGCGCCUGAGCAACGAUCACAUCUGUUACUUCCUGUACCAGAUCCUGAGAGGCCUGAAGUACAUCCAUUCUGCCAACGUCCUGCACCGUGAUCUCAAACCCUCCAACCUGCUGCUCAAUACCACCUGUGAUCUAAAGAUCUGUGACUUCGGUCUGGCGCGUGUGGCUGACCCAGACCACGACCACACAGGCUUCCUGACGGAGUAUGUAGCUACUCGCUGGUACCGGGCGCCUGAGAUCAUGCUCAACUCCAAGGGUUACACCAAGUCUAUUGAUAUCUGGUCUGUGGGCUGCAUCCUGGCUGAGAUGCUCUCCAAUAGACCCAUCUUCCCCGGGAAGCACUACCUGGACCAGCUCAACCACAUACUGGGUAUCCUAGGGUCUCCUUCCCAGGAGGAUCUGAACUGCAUCAUUAACAUCAAGGCCAGGAACUACCUGCUGUCUCUCCCACUGCGCUGCAAGGUCCCCUGGAACAGCCUCUUCCCCAAAGCCGACUCCAAAGCUCUGGACCUGCUGGAUAAGAUGUUGACCUUUAACCCCCACAAGAGGAUCGAGGUGGAGGCGGCUCUGGCUCACCCUUACCUGGAACAGUACUACGACCCUACAGAUGAGCCUGUAACAGAGACUCCCUUCAAGUUUGCGAUGGAGCUGGAUGAUCUACCCAAAGAGACCCUGAAGGAGCUGAUCUUUGAAGAGACGGCUCGCUUCAACACAGUCUGCAGGCCCUAACCCAUACACACAGAUCAGACUCUGGACUCCUUUCCUCCACCUCUUCUCUCCACCUUUCCGUCAUGUGCUGUGGUUCCUCCUGUCUUCAGCAUUUCCUGUAUACUUCCUACCUCCCCUAGUCAGUCAAACCACCAUGCUCAGGAACAGUGUCAGGAAUCAACCUCUCUCUCUCUGCUCUCUCUCUCUCUGUCUCUCCCUACCCUCUGCCUAUGGGGUAAGGGUGCGUCACUUGUUGGCUUAUCGUUGAGGAGAUGCUUGUCUUGUGUGUUUUAAGCCAAGAUCAACAGUGGUUCUGUGUCCCAAAUGGUGCCCUAUUCCCUAAUAUAGUGUUCUACUUUUAGAAAGUAGUGCACUAUAUAGGGAAUAUGGUGCCAUAGGACUCUGGUCUAAAGUAGUGCACUAUAUAUCGAAUAGGGUGCCAUAGGGCUCUGGUCUAAAGUAGUGCACUAUAUAGGGAAUAGGGUGCCAUUUGGGACACAUUUGGCUCUGGAGACAUCUGUUCAAUCAGACGCUUUGUCUUUGGUUUAUGGUUAAGUCUUCAUUGUUACUCCUGGCCCGCGCAGCUGAAGCGGUGGUACACAGUUGUCGGUUUGUUUUCAAAAGCUUUACGUUGUGAAUGGUCUUUCUAGAUCUUUCUAUCUGAAGUUAUGAACAGGAUUGUUGUGACGGCACCCUACCAAGAAAGACCCCGCAUUGAUGAGAUCAACUUACUUUUGCAUUGUCAUAAUACCACAGUAUCUGGACAGGUUGAGGUAAUACCACAGUAUCUGGACAGGUUGAGGUAAUACCACAGUAUCUGGACAGGUUGAGGUAAUACCACAGUAUCUGGACAGGUUGAGGUAAUACUACAGUAUCUGGACAGGUUGAGGUAAUACUAGAGUAUCUGGACAGGUUGAGGUAAUACUACAGUAUCUGGACAGGUUGAGGUAAUACUACAGUAUCUGGACAGGUUGAGGUAAUAACUGACCUCGUCAGUUAGACAACUGAAUGCAUUCAACCGAAAUGUGUGUUCCACGUUUAAACCCUCAAUCAGAGAGGUGCAGGCGGCUGCCUUAAUCGAUUUCCACGUCAUCGGCGCCCGGGGCACAGUUGUUGUUGGGGGUUAACUGCCUUGCUCAAGGGCAGAAUGGCAGAUUUUUCCAACUCGCCGGCUCUGUGAUUCAAACAGCGACCUUUCAAUUACUGGCCCAACUCUCUUAACCACUAGGCUACCUAACGCUCUCUCCUCCUCCCAACGACCCGGUCUCUCUCUCUGCUCCUCCCAACGGCCCGGUCUCUGUCUCUCUCUCUGCUCCUCCCAACGGCCCGGUCUCUCUCUCUCUGCUCCUCCCAACGGCCCGGUCUCUCUCUCUCUCCUCCCAACGGCCCGGUCUCUCUCUUUCUCUCCUCCCAACGGCCCGGUCUCUCUCUCUCCUCCUCCCAACGGCCCGGUCUCUCUCUCUCCUCCUCCCAACGGCCCGGUCUCUCUCUCUCCUCCUCCCAACGGCCCGGUCUCUCUCUCUCCUCCUCCCAACGGCCCGGUCUCGCUCUCUUCUAACAAAACAUUAAGAGCAAGUUAAUAAUAUUGAGUUGUACCCCUUUAGCCUUCAGAACAGCCUCAUUUCGUCUGGACAUGGACUCUACAAGGUGUCCAAAGUGUUCCACAGGGAUGCUGGUCCAUGUUGACCCCAACGCUUCCCACAGUUGUGUCAAGUUGUCUGGAUGUCCUUUGGGUGGUGGACCAUUCUUGAUACACUUGAUAAACUGUUGAGCGUAGAAAAACCCAGCAGCGGUGCAGUUCUUACACAAACCGGUGCUCCUGGUACCUACUACCGUACCCUGUUUAAAGGCACUCAAAUGUUUUGUCUUGCCAAUUCACCCUGUGAAUGGCACACAGACACAAUCCAUGUCUCAGUUGUCUCAAGGCUUAAAAGUCCUUCUUCAACCUGUCUCCUCCCCUUCAUCUACACGGAUUGAAGUUGACUUAACAAGCGAGAUCAAUAAGCGAUCAUAUCUUUCACCUGGUCAGUCUGUCAUGGAAUUAAAAGCCAUUUAUACUGAGAAACCUUGAGUACAGAGUCAUGAGUCAGAUUACAUGUACAUUAUCCCAACACCAUAUUUACACAUUGGAUCCGUUGCUUUCGUUUGCAGGUUUGUGUCCGUGCCCCUUUUAAGGUGUCAACACUCGUUGGUUUAGUGAGAGCGCGACGUAACAACAGAAGUUAGGCUCGUCUGCUGCGUCCUCCUUCCCCCGACUACAGGAACAAAUACCAAGGACAAUUAACACGAGGCAUUACCAGUAACACAAGAUGUCUGCAUCUUGCUAGAUCUAUAUGCUAGCUUCUCUCUGAUACCAUUACAGCGGCCAUAGUUAACUCGGCCACUGGUCACCUGGUUACGUCGAAAGGUUCUUCAUACUUGUUUCACACUUAUUUCAGUUACAUACAGAACCAUUUCAAUGGAAGCUGGUUAGUGACUCGUAGCUUGAGCUCGGAGAGAACAUUGUCCAUGCACACAGGCUUCUCUCUGCUGCCAUUUCACUGGCCAUAGUAUCUACUCCAUUACAAAGUGGCCAAACGUCUAUACAGAUCUCUGCUCCAGUAACUGUCUGCGGUGUUUCAGAUCUCUGCUCCAGUAACUGUCUGGUGUUACAGAUCUCUGUUCCAGUAACUGUCUGGUGUUUCAGAUCUCUGCUCCAGUAACUGUCUGUGGUGUUUCAGAUCUCUGCUCCAGUAACUGUCUGUGGUGUUUCAGAUCUCUGCUCCAGUAACUGUCUGCGGUGUUACAGAUCUCUGUUCCAGCAACUGUCUGGUGUUUCAGAUCUCUGCUCCAGUAACUGUCUGUGGUGUUACAGAUCUCUGCUCCAGUAACUGUCUGGUGUUACAGAUCUCUGCUCCAGUAACUGUCUGGUGUUUCAGAUCUCUGCUCCAGUAACUGUCUGUGGUGUUUCAGAUCUCUGCUCCAGUAACUGUCUGCGGUGUUUCAGAUCUCUGCUCCAGUAACUGUCUGCGGUGUUACAGAUCUCUGCUCCAGUAACUGUCUGCGGUGUUACAGAUCUCUGCUCCAGUAACUGUCUGUGGUGUUCCAGAUCUCUGCUGUGGUAACUGCUGACAUCUUUCACACUUAUUGCCAAGUCACCCGGUCUAAUGCCAAGUCACCCGGUCUAAUGCCAAGUCACCCAGUCUAAUGCCAAGUCACCCAGUCUAAUGCCAAGUCACCCAGGUUGAGAUGCCAAGUCACCCAGUCUAAUGCCAAGUCAACCAGGCUAAUGCCAAGUCACCCAGUCUAAUGCCAAGUCACCCAGGUUGAGAUGCCAAGUCACCCAGUCUGAGAUGCCAAGACACCCAGGUUGAGAUGCCAAGACACCCAGGUUGAGAUGCCAAGACACCCAGGUUGAGAUGCCAAGUCACCCAGGUUGAGAUGCCAAGUCACCCAGGUUGAGAUGCCAAGUCACCCAGGUUGAGAUGCCAAGUCACCCAGUCUAAUGCCAAGUCACACUUUCUAUCUAUUUACCCUUACAAUGCCAUCUGUACAACAUUACAGUGCCAUCUGUACAACGUUAGUGUCAUCUGUACAACGUUACAGUGCCAUCUGUACAACAUUACAGUGCCAUCUGUACAACGUUACAGUGCCAUCUGUACAACGUUACAGUGCCAUCUGUACAACGUUACAGUGCCAUCUGUACAACGUUACAGUGUCAUCUGUACAACGUUACAGUGCCAUCUGUACAACGUUACAGUGCCAUCUGUACAACGUUACAGUGCCAUCUGUACAACGUUAGUGCCAUCUGUACAACGUUACAGUGCCAUCUGUACAACGUUAGUGUCAUCUGUACAACGUUACAGUGCCAUCUGUACAACGUUACAGCGCCAUCUGUACAACGUUACAGUGCCAUCUGUACAACGUUACAGUGCCAUCUGUACAACGUUACAGUGCCAUCUGUACAACGUUACAGUGCCAUCUGUACAACGUUACAGUGUCAUCUGUACAACGUUACAGUGCCAUCUGUACAACGUUACAGUGCCAUCUGUACAACGUUACAGUGCCAUCUGUACAACGUUACAGUGCCUUUGGCCACAUAGGUCAACAUAACCUACUGGCUCAAUAUCUCGAAUGAGAGAGAGCCAGCCUGGUAGACCAGAUUAAGGUUUAUAUAACAUUACGCCAUGGGCCAUAGGUUUAUAUAACAUUACAAUGCCAUAGGUUUAUAUAACAUUACAAUGCCAUAGGUUUAUAUAACAUUACAAUGCCAUAGGUUUAUAUAACAUUACAAUGCCAUAGGUUUAUAUGACAUUACAAUGCCAUAGGUUUAUAUAACAUUACAAUGCCAUAGGUUUAUAUAACAUUACAAUGCCAUAGGUUUAUAUGACAUUACAAUGCCAUAGGUUUAUAUAACAUUACAAUGCCAUAGGUUUAUAUAACAUUACAAUGCCAUAGGUUUAUAUAACAUUACAAUGCCAUAGGUUUAUAUAACAUUACAAUGCCAUAGGUUUAUAUAACAUUACAAUGCCAUAGGUUUAUAUGACAUUACAAUGCCAUAGGUUUAUAUGACAUUACAAUGCCAUAGGUUUAUAUAACAUUACAAUCCCAUAGGUUUAUAUAACAUUACAAUGCCAUAGGUUUAUAUAACAUUACAAUGCCAUAGGUUUAUAUGAACUCCAACAUUUGAUGUGCAGCUUUGUUUAGUGGUAUUGUUGGGAUCACAGUAUAUUCUGUGUUUAGUGGUGUUGUUGGGAUCGCAGUAUAUUCUGUGUUUAGUGGUGUUGUUGGGAUCACAGUAUAUUCUGUGUUUAGUGGGGGUCAUUGGGAUCACAGUAUAUUCUGUGUUUAGUGGUGUUGUUGGGAUCACAGUAUAUUCUGUGUUUAGUGGGGGUCAUUGGGAUCACAGUAUAUUCUGUGUUUAGUGGUGUUGUUGGGAUCACAGUAUAUUCUGUGUUUAGUGGUAUUGUUGGGAUCGCAGUAUAUUCUGUGUUUAGUGGGGGUCGUUGGGAUCACAGUAUAUUCUGUGUUUAGUGGGGGUCAUUGGGGUCGUUGGGAUCACAGUAUAUUCUGUGUUUAGUGGGGGUCAUUGGGAUCACAGUAUAUUCUGUGUUUAGUGGUGUUGUUGGGAUCGCAGUAUAUUCUGUGUUUAGUGGUAUUGUUGGGAUCACAGUAUAUUCUGUGUUUAGUGGUGUUGUUGGGAUCGCAGUAUAUUCUGUGUUUAGUGGUGUUGUUGGGAUCGCAGUAUAUUCUGUGUUUAGUGGUGUUGUUGGGAUCACAGUAUAUUCUGUGUUUAGUGGUGUUGUUGGGAUCACAGUAUAUUCUGUGUUUAGUGGUAUUGUUGGGAUCGCAGUAUAUUCUGUGUUUAGUGGGGGUCGUUGGGAUCACAGUAUAUUCUGUGUUUAGUGGUAUUGUUGGGAUCGCAGUAUAUUCUGUGUUUAGUGGGGGUCGUUGGGAUCACAGUAUAUUCUGUGUUUAGUGGGGGUCAUUGGGGUCGUUGGGAUCACAGUAUAUUCUGUGUUUAGUGGGGGUCGUUGGGAUCACAGUAUAUUCUGUGUUUAGUGGGGGUCAUUGGGGUCGUUGGGAUCGCAGUAUAUUCUGUGUUUAGUGGGGGUCAUUGGGGUCGUUGGGAUCGCAGUAUAUUGUGGUUUUAGUGGGGUCAUUGGGAUCACAGUAUAUUCUGUGUUUAGUGGUGUUGUUGGGAUCGCAGUAUAUUCUGUGUUUAGUGGUAUUGUUGGGAUCACAGUAUAUUCUGUGUUUAGUGGUGUUGUUGGGAUCGCAGUAUAUUCUGUGUUUAGUGGUGUUGUUGGGAUCACAGUAUAUUCUGUGUUUAGUGGGGGUCAUUGGGAUCACAGUAUAUUCUGUGUUUAGUGGUGUUGUUGGGAUCACAGUAUAUUCUGUGUUUAGUGGUAUUGUUGGGAUCGCAGUAUAUUCUGUGUUUAGUGGGGGUCGUUGGGAUCACAGUAUAUUCUGUGUUUAGUGGGGGUCGUUGGGAUCGCAGUAUAUUCUGUGUUUAGUGGGGGUCGUAGUAUAUUCUGUGUUUAGUGGGGGUCGUAGUAUAUUCUGUGUUUUAUAGUGGGGGUCGUUGGGAUCACAGUAUAUUCUGUGUUUAGUGGGGGUCAUUGGGAUCACAGUAUAUUCUGUGUUUACUGGGGGUCAUUGGGAUCACAGUAUAUUCUGUGUUUAGUGGCGGUCGUUGGGAUCGCAGUAUAUUCUGUGUUUAGUGGGGGUCAUUGGGAUCACAGUAUAUUCUGUGUUUAGUGGGGGUUGUUGGGAUCGCAGUAUAUUCUGGUUUUAGUGGGGGUCGUUGGGAUCACAGUAUAUUCUGUGUUUAGUGGGGGUCUUUGGGAUUGCGGUAUAUUCUGGUUUUAGUGGGGGUCGUUGGGAUCGCAGUAUAUUCUGUGUUUAGUGCUGGUCGUUGGGAUCACAGUAUAUUCUGUGUUUAGUGGUGUUGUUGGGAUCACAGUAUAUUCUGUGUUUAGUGGGGGUCAUUGGGAUCACAGUAUAUUCUGUGUGUAGUGGGGGUCAUUGGGGUCGUUGGGAUCGCAGUAUAUUCUGUGUUUAGUGGGGGUCGUAGUAUAUUCUGUGUUUAAAGUGGGGGUCAUUGGGAUCUCAGUAUAUUCUGUGUUUAGUGGGGGUCGUUGGGAUCACAGUAUAUUCUGUGUUUAGUGGGGGUCGUUGGGAUCCAAGUAUAUUCUGUGUUUAAAGUGGGGGUCAUUGGGAUCUCAGUAUAUUCUGUGUUUAGUGGGGGUCGUUGGGAUCACAGUAUAUUCAGUGUUUAGUGGGGGUCGUUGGGAUCACAGUAUAUUCUGUGUGUAGUGGGGGUCGUUGGGAUCGCAGUAUAUUCUGUGUUUAGUGGGGGUCGUAGUAUAUUCUGUGUUUAAAGUGGGGGUCAUUGGGAUCUCAGUAUAUUCUGUGUUUAGUGGGGGUCGUUGGGAUCGCAGUAUAUUCUGUGUUUAUAGUGGGGGUCGUUGGGAUCUCAGUAUAUUCUGUGUUUAGUUGGGGUCGUUGGGAUCACAGUAUAUUCUGUGUUUAGUGGGGGUCGUUGGGGUCGCAGUAUAUUCUGUGUUUAGUGGGGGUCGUAGUAUAUUCUGUGUUUAGUGGGGGUCGUAGUAUAUUCUGUGUUUUAUAGUGGGGGUCGUUGGGAUCUCAGUAUAUUCUGUGUUUAGUGGGGGUCGUUGGGAUCACAGUAUAUUCUGUGUUUAGUGGGGGUCGUUGGGAUCGCAGUAUAUUCUGUGUUUAGUGGGGGUCGUAGUAUAUUCUGUGUUUAGUGGGGGUCGUAGUAUAUUCUGUGUUUUAUAGUGGGGGUCGUUGGGAUCUCAGUAUAUUCUGUGUUUAGUGGGGUCGUUGGGAUCUCAGUAUAUUCUGUGUUUAGUGGGGUCGUUGGGAUCUCAGUAUAUUCUGUGUUUAUAGUGGGGGUCGUUGGGAUCUCAGUAUAUUCUGGUUUUAGUGGGGGUCGUUGGGAUCGCAGUAUAUUCUGUGUUUAGUGGGGGUCGUAGUAUAUUCUGCGUUUAUAGUGGGGGUCGUUGGGAUCACAGUAUAUUCUGUGUUUAGUGGGGGUCGUUGAUCUCAGUAUAUUCUGGUUUUAGUGGGGGUCGUUGAUCUCAGUAUAUUCUGGUUUUAGUGGGGGUCGUUGGGAUCUCAGUAUAUUCUGGUUUUAGUGGGGGUCGUUGGGGUCGUUGAGAUCUCAGUAUAUUCUGUGUUUAGUUGGGGUCGUUGGGAUCUCAGUAUAUUCUGCGAAUAAAUGCACUUAGUCUCGCUGAGGAUGAUGGGAUUUUAUAUUAGAUAUGUUGCUGAAGCUUUGAUUCUGUGAUGAGGACUGAAAUGGAGAUAAUUUAUUUUACACUCCAAUCGUUUUAUUUUAAUUUUUUUUAUGGUAAAAUGAAUGUUUCUAUCGAAUAUUACUCUUGUAUAGUUUCAUUUACCUUUACACUCAUAUCUGUAUACAGGAUGAAACGGCAGAUCUGGGCACCUCAGUUGGAACGCAGUGACUGUCCAGUCACAUGAUAGACAUGUCACAGCUCUGUGUUCUGACUGACAGCUGUUCUGAACAUGAACACCGCACUCAACAACAAGUUAGUUGCCCCCAUCUCUCCAGGUAAUUGGGCAACUUUCUGUCGUCUGAUUGAGGUUAAAGCUGUAAAUUCUCUAUGUAUUUUGAAAGAUCAAAUGUUGAGGAUUAUAAUGAAUACCGCUUUGAUGUCACACAAGCAAACCAAACACCUGUUGAGUCCAAAUGUGGACUUGAUAUUUCCAUAUCAUAAAACUCAUGUCACAUAGUGUCCAUGUUUAGGAUCACUGUUGUUUGAUGUACAGCUACAAGAUAACAUGGUUAAAAAAACAGGCUUUCAGUUCAAGCCCACCUGACCCAGGUUGAGAUUCAUAAUGGACCGUUUCUGGACUGGGUGAAACAACAGUCAUUGUGUGACGGUGGGGAUGUGUUCCAAGACGAAACAACUACAAGUGUCCUCUAGUUCCUCACAGCUGGGAGAGAAGGAAAAACACCUGAUAGCUGAAGACUGUUCGUUGAGUCAUAAAAGUGCAUUGAAAUGUCUUGUGAACUGUGAACUGUGGAGAGGUGUGUUGCCACUUGGAGACACCCCAGAUAGUCUUCUCACUCAGACCCUUGUAAUCGUUUUGUCUUAUGAACUGUGGAGAGGUGUGUUGCCACUUGGAGACACCCCAGAUAGUCUUCUCACUCAGACCCUUGUAAUCGUUUUGUCUUAUGUUUCAUCUACCCCACGUUUUCCAGGAAUAUUCUUAUUAACAUGUUACUGAAUGUAUCCAGAGUAUUUUCAGAUUUCGUGAUCAACAAAUGGGGUGAAAAGUACAGGAAAAUGUAAGAAGAGCAUAAAACCAACCGUGUGAUGUUUAGAUUCAGUCUUGUCAGGUGAACUUUGGUCUGAUGAUUUUCCCAUAAGCUCCACUGAUUCAUUUCAAUUGCCCAUUUUGGCCGUUACACUGCUGGGAACUUAAGACUUGUUGCCAUGAAUUGAAAUACUCCUCUGUUUUGAUCAGUAGAAAACCUUUUAAUUGUCAAUUUCACUUUCAAGCAACAAUAAAACCCCACAAAGAUCAAGGUUUGUUAUUUGGGUUGUUUUGUGUUUUUGAGGUUUCUGUUAGUAGCUAAACCAGAUUAUACACGGAGUGUACAUGUCACAUGAGUGUAUAUGUCACAUGAGUGUAUAUGUCACAUGAGUAUACACAUGAGUGUACAUGUCACAUGAGUGUAUAUGUCACAUGAGUGUAUAUGUCACAUGAGUAUACACAUGAGUGUACAUGUCACAUGAGUGUAUAUGUCACAUGAGUAUACACAUGAGUGUACAUGUCACAUGUACAUGUGAUACACACAGGAAACUGUUGAGUGUGAAAAACACAGCAGCGUUGCAGUUCUUACACAAACCGGUGCGCCCGGUACCUACAACCAUACCCUGUUUAAAGGCACUUCAAUCUGUUGUCUUGCCCAUUCACCCUCUGAAUGGCACACAUACACAAUCCAUGUCUCAAUUGUCUCAAGGCUUAAAAAUCCUUCUUUAACCCCGUCUCCUCCUCUUCAUCUACACUGUUUGAAGUGGAUUUAAUAGGUGACAUCAAUUAGUGAUCAUAGCUUUCACCUGGAUUCACCUGUCAUGGUAAGAGCAAGUGUUCUGUACACUCAGUGUAUAUGGAGGUUGAAACCAAGCCUUCGUGGUCUGGCUAUCUGUCAUGUUGAAGGAGUUGACUUGAACAAAGCUUUUCUGCUGAUGUUGAUGAUAUCAAUCUGUUAUUUUACAUCUCUGCCAUGACAUGUAAACCUGGAAAAUAAAUACCCUGUGUCCUA